CUCUUCUUCACAUUCAAGAGGAACAACGUUACCUGUGUUUGUCGAGGUCACCAUGGUGUCAUCACAGCAGAAGACCAAGAGCCCAGUGAUGGAGUCUGCAGUUAGCUUUGUGCUCGGAGCGGUGGCUGGAGGUACGCUGGGAGCCACAGAAGCACCAUUGAAUCAAGUCAUGACUGAAAUCAUUUCAGGAGCCCUAAUGAAACCCAUCACAGAUGGUGUUAAGACGGUCGGGACUCUUGGACUGGGAACUCUUCUGGGAGCCACUGCACUGACCACAUCAAUGACAUCGGUUGUAAUUGGGGUCAUCGCAGCUGCUUCAGUGGGAUUGUUGCUGUUAAGAGUAAUGAAGAAUGAAGGAUGGGCAGUAGCUGGGCUGGUCGCCGCCCUGGUUACAACAUUAUGCGGUGCAGGGAUGGGGGCUGUCAUUGAACAACUUGUGAGCUAUGGAUUGGUCAACUUGCUCUGGGCACUGGGAAUUUUUACAGUGUUUAAACUAUCAAUGCAUGCUGUUGUGCAGUUUACAUGGAGGGAAUGGGAUUGCUGUGAAAUUUUGGAUACAAAUAAUGAUGCUUGUGAGACAGAACCGAUGAGACCGGAUCCUUUGAAGAUCAAGCAAAGACAGCAAGAUGCAAUGGCAGUUGAACAGAGGAUUAUCAUCCUUGAGAUAAAUAAAAGUCAAGGAAGUCAAGAGCACAGAGUCGACUGGGAGGCCCAACAAAGAGAAAGAGAACAAACAGAGAGACAACAAAGGAAGAUUGUUGAGGUGGAAACGAAACAGAGGAGUUCUCGAAAAAACCUUUGUAAAGUCAUAGCCAAAUACAUGGAGUUUUUGGCAUUGUCUGGUAUUCCGAUGACCGUGACCGCCUCUGUGACAGCUGGCUUUGGCUUUUAUGGGUUUGGAGAGUACACAUUUGUUUUUGUUAUCCUGUUAGUCUUGGUGUUGGUUAUGUCCUUUGGUCUAAUGAGGUCACGGCAUUUAAACUUUUGGAUGUUUACAGGCUGCAUGGCAAUGUUUGCCACGUUUGCCAUUGCCAUGUUGACUGUUCGGGCCAGGCAGGAGGUGGCAGACAUGUCCAUAAAAAUGCUUAGGGCAGGACAAGCGAUUAGCAAGGAAAACAUCAAUAUCCGUAUGACACACACGUCCUCCGUAGAGGCCAUUUUUGCUGGGUUCUUUGUGACAAAAGUGUGUCAGGUUGGUUUGGGGGCCACAGUGGGUGGUAAAUUGGCCCGAGGGAAAGAGAGAAUAGCAAUUGUGGGGGCGUCUUUAACAGCGGUGGUUAUUUUGUCGAUAGUCGAAGCAUCGUCGCUGAUGCUGGGAGCUGGUGGUACAGCUGGGGCGUUGUUGGGGGUGGUUGCAGCAGCAGGUGUGUCUACUGGGGCCGCUUCAGUUGUAGCAGGAAAAUCAUCCUCAUGGGGAGGAACAUUGGUAACUAUAGCUGGGAUGAUUUUAGGAUUAUUGACCACUGGAACGUGGGACUUUGUGAACAUUGGACUUCACAUAUCUGUGGCAUAUAUUUUUGCCAUGACAGAUUUUAAUUGA